AUGUCGAGAGCACUGGAUAAGCAUGUCAUCGCGGCACUGAAGCAGGGCGACCACGACAAGAUCUUCAACGACAUCGCGGGGCUCUUCGAAACCCGGCCGGACGAUCGCCUUCUCGAGAUCGAGAUCCUCGGCGCCAGCCACCCCCUCGGCCCGGGGGAGAGCUUCCUGCGCGACGACAACGCCGUCGCCGUCCCCAAACUCCGGCUCGUCCAGGCCUUCGUCGUCGCCCGGCAGAUCCUGCAAAGGCACCUCGGGGAGGAUGGUUCCGUCGAGGCCCGCAGGCUGAGGUCCGCCACGAGCGCCCUGCUCCUCAUGGACCCGGAGCACCUCACCGCCGCCAACACCAGGAAACGGCUCCUACGGGACGAGGUGUCCGCGGGGGGCGACGACGUCGCGGAGUCGGCGCUGGCGCGGGAGAAAUGGUUCGUCGACAGCUUGCUUACCGGAAGGCUGCACCGGCACACGAAGUCGCCGACGCUAUGGAGCCACCGGCGCUGGCUGCUGGAGCAGUUUCGCGAGGCUGGGCUGCCUGUCGCGGUUCAACGGGAUGUCGAAACGGUCAUCAUGGUGGCGGGGGAGAGACAUCCGCGCAACUACUACGCGUGGAGUCACGCGCGGUGGAUGACGGGGGCUUUCCUGACCGAUUCUGGGCAAGAAGGGCUGCUGUCUCUCAUUCAAAGCGUCAAGAAGUGGUCUUUCAGGCACCGUAAUGACGUAUCGGGAUGGUCGUUCCUAGUUCAUCUUCUGGCCAAAACUCAGGACGACAGCAGCAAGGAAGCCUCAAGGUCGGUAUUCGAGGAGACGCUUGACUUGGCCGAUUCCUUACGAUGGGGAAACGAGUCUGUAUGGUGGUUUCUGCGCACUAUGGCCUCAAGCGCAGCAUCAGGGCAAGAUGGAAGAGAACAGUUCAUGAAGACUCAAGAGAGGCUGGUAGCCGCUAUGGCCGAAGACUCAGUAGAGCUUAAAGUGUUACGAGCAGCACGAACUUGGUGCGAUGUGUACAGUACGGGCCCAAGCGCAUCGGAACGAAAAUGCGGAUAA